AUGAAAGUUCUCGUGACGAAAUAUACAAUGAGCAAAAGGAGUGCCUCGCCUCUGGGAAGUGAGGGCGCGUUGUACUGUCACCCGGGGAAGAAACGGGACUACGACGAGAAAGAGCUGCAAAAAAUCACGGUGAGGAUUCAACGGAGGAUCACUCCAGAGCGACAAUCUCUGGCUCUCGUCAGACGCAGCGUUUCCUGUCCGGAAAGGAUCGUCAUCCCCCGGAAACCAGGAGAGGGCUCGCGGCCUAUUUUUGAUCGAGUUGAGCUUUAUCAGAACUCCAAAGAUGAGACAUCUCGCAUUGUGGAUUGUCGACAAGUCGUUAAAGUUACAGACAAAAGCUGUAGCAAAAGCCGUAGUUCGUCAUUAUGUUCGGGCAAAUCUCUUGAGCGUAGAAAAAGAAAAGUUUCCAAUGAUGAGGAAGCAGUCUCCUCCUCCUCCUCGUCGACUCGAAACGAGAUUUCCAACCAUGAGGAUAAACAGUCAAAAACUAACCGAUCGAGAUCCAAGGAGGAUAGGUCCUCGAACUGUAGAGAAAAUAAGACAGCGACACACGAUGUAACUCCUAGUCGUGAACGAGAUACGACACGAGAGAGCAAAACCGCCACCAACAACAACAUGAUCCGUGAAAUGAGCAGCAGCAGCAACAACAACAACAUAACCCGUGAGAUGAUCAGCAGCAGCAACAACAACAAUAACACUCAUACCGUGAGGGAAAUAAUUGUUCCAUUGAUGCAUCAACUGAGGCCGGUGCAUCCGAUGCACCGAGGCCCUCCACCAGCACCGUUCUGCAUCAUGCCUCCACAUCGCCAGCCUCCGCCUUUAGGACCGCCACGAUUUUUUGGGCCACCGCCAUUCCGACGACCGCCCCUUCCUCCUCGUUUACGACCACCGCCAUACCACUUUGGAUAGAUGCGUAGCAUUCUUUGAUGAAUCCUCAACAAUUACCAAGUAUAGCUAAUCUAUUUGAUUCCUUUCCGAUUCAACGAGGAGUUACCAUCGGUCUUCUUACCAAAAGUCCGAUUAAUUGCUAAAAAUUACUAAUUAAUCGUAACGGAUUGGCAAUUUUACCAAAUCAGUUAAGCACGAUUGUGAAUUUGUGUCUGGUAGGUGCAAUACAGAGCAGACAAGAUUGUAACAACAUUUUAAGAGACAUCAGAUAAUAACAACUGCAGAUCAUCAUACUUCAUGAGACCAAGCAAAUCUUUUAGAAUACAACAACCUUUUUCUUUAAAAAAGAAAUAAAUAAAUUGAGAGAUAUAACAAUAAUUAUUACCUGUAAGUUGUCUUUUCAUCCCGGUUUUUCUUCAGUAAUUCCUUGUCCUUCGGCGAUGUACAUUUCGGAAAAAUUAUUUCCUUCUUCAGGCCACAAAAUUUUUUGACAAGCACUUUUACAUUGUG